UGAUGGGGCGAGCGAAGAAAGGUCCUAAGUUUGCUGUCACAAAGAGGCUUAUCGGUCCUAAAACCCUCAGGAAGUACAAGGAAGAGGUGUUGAAUCCUAAAAAGAAGGAUCUUGAAAAGGAGAAGCUUCCUCGCAAUGUGCCGGGUGUUUCCUCCGCAUUGGUCUUCACAUACAACGCUGCUAUUUGCCCACCUUACAGGGUUAUUGUGGACACCAAUUUCAUUAACUUCUCUAUCCAAAAUAAGUUGGAUUUGGAGAAAGGCAUGAUGGAUUGCCUCUAUGCUAAAUGCACUCCAUGCAUCACGGAUUGUGUUAUGGCUGAGCUUGAAAAGUUGGGACAGAAGUAUCGUGUGGCUUUAAGGAUUGCCAAAGAUCCUAGAUUUGAUAGGUUACCAUGCACACAUAAAGGGACUUAUGCUGAUGAUUGCAUCGUUGACAGGGUUACUCAGCAUAAAUGCUAUAUUGUUGCAACAUGCGAUAGAGACUUGAAGCGAAGGAUACGCAAGAUUCCCGGAGUGCCUAUCAUGUACAUUACAAGACACAGGUAUUCGAUUGAGAAACUACCUGAAGCAACGAUUGGCGGAGCGCCAAGAUAUUGAACAACUUCCAGUACAUGGAGCUUCUUCCUGAGUCAGAUACUGUUAUGCAUUCUCCGUUAUGAACAAACAGAGCCAACCUGUGAGUCUUUGGGUUGUUUGUAGCUAGUAGAACCUUCAAGGCGUUCAUGUAUCAACUUAC